AUGGCUACCACUGAGCGAUUUGGAAACCCACGCUGUCGAUUCAUUACACUGACAGCGUUGAGUAAACGGUAUGUUUAUGAUGAGGCACCAGAAUGGCGAGGCGUAUGGGCGAAACUAGGGCUUUCUCCGCCUUCGUUUAGUACUCAAGAAUGGUAUGAGGGUCUUGGGUAUGUUGCCUGGAAGGAGGAGCCUAUUACAGAAGAGAAAGGGAUAGAUGGGCAGGUUAUCUUGCUGUGGGAAGCGUUCAUGAGAAAGGAUUUGCAGUCGAACAUUGAUAUUGAGGUCAGCUGA